ACCCAAAUCUUCUCAAUCGGCUAACCUAUGUAUCCCCUCGUGAUGGAUGCAGUCCGCCCUUGAUUUUCGCCCUCGGGACGGCAUACAAUUGCUGCGGGGUAGUACUCCACUGUCCCAUUGCCAGAUGCUGGCGCCGAUUGUCGCGAGCCAAAUUCACGUCAAUCUUUCCACACACUCAAUUCCUCGAGUUCUCGUAUAAAACACAUCAUCGCGCCUCCGGUUUGGGUUGUUUCGACUUCGGUAACGCAUCAAGGCAGUCAUGAUACCACAGAUCAUGCGCCCAUCAGUCAAACGCUUGGCCACGCGGGGACUCAGCACACGCCCGGCACUAGCAGUGACAAGCUGUCAACGUCACCGGUUCUUGUCGCUUUCCUCCCGACUUCAAAACACCAACACCACCACCCCCGCCGGUGAAGAUGAACGACAACCAUCACCAACAACCACCACGCCUGUCUUUGAGACAGACGCCCCCCGAAGACGCGGCCGCCGCCCAAAGUCAACAACCUCCGACCUCAACAACUACACCCCUCCCCCCGACGCCGUCCCAGGAUCCGCAUCUUCAUAUUCCCCAGCCUCCAACUCAGACAUCUCCUCCCUCUCCACCUUCCUCAAAUCCCACAACCAGCUGUCCCGAAACAUCCACGAGACAUGCUCCCAGUUCGGCGCCGCCCACCGCUGGGGUCCCGGGGAAAACGACACGGGCAUGAACCGCUUGGCCCUAACGGAUGCGGACAAACAGGUGCGGAACUGGUUUGUGAAAGAAGCGAGAGCGUUGGGGUGUGAGGUGGAGGUGGAUGAGAUGGGGAAUAUUUGGGCUAUCAGGGAUGGUGUUUCCGACAGGAGGCCUACUAAAGACGGAAAGAGGCUGCCGCCCGUGAUGAUGGGCAGUCAUCUCGAUACCCAGCCGAGGGGAGGGAGGUAUGAUGGCGUGCUGGGGGUGAUGGCGGGACUGGAAGCAUUGAGGGCGUUGAAGGAACAGAAUGUAAAGACGUGGAGGCCGGUGGGCGUGGUGUGCUGGACGAACGAGGAAGGAGCGCGGUUUCCGGUGAGUAUGGUGAGUAGCGGGGUGUGGGCGGGGGAGAUCCCGUUGGAGAGGGCACAUUCGUUGAAGGAGGUUUCUGGGGAAGGAAAGACGAUGAAGGAAGAGUUGGAAAGGAUUGGGUAUUUGGGUGACAAAAAGUGCAGUUUUGAGGAGAUGCCGAUGGCUGCGCACUUUGAACUGCAUAUUGAGCAGGGGCCGAUAUUGGAGGCGAAAGGGAAGAAGGUGGGUGUGGUGAGGGGGAGUCAGGCGUAUAAGUGGUUUACAAUCGAGGUUGUUGGGAAAGAGGCUCAUACAGGAACCACCCCUUAUGCUCAGCGCGCCGACGCUUUAAUGGUGGCCAACUCCAUGAUCCGUUACGCCCGCUACAAAGGCGAGGUGCAGGGCGUCCUCGUCUCCGUCGGCGUCUACCAAGUCUUCCCGGGAAGCGUCAACACCAUUCCCGGUAGGGUCAAAUUCUCGCUCGAUAUCCGCUCGCCCUCCGACCACACACUCGUCUCGUUUGAGAGAAGAUUACGCAGGAAGUUCGACGUCAUCGCCGAGAGGCCGGGGUUCAGUGGCUUGCCCUGCUCCGUAACCUGGCAGGAGGAUACGAACUCGCCUGCCCAGGGGUUUGAUGAGAGGUGUUGCAAGGCGGUGAAGGAGUCCGCUCUUUCUGUUCUCGGAGCCGAAACCGGGGAUUUAGAGCAGGCCUUGGGACUGGUGAAGUACCAGAUGGUCAGUGGUGCUGGUCAUGAUUCGGUCAACACAGCCAAGAGGUGUCCGACGAGCAUGAUCUUUGUGCCGAGUAAGGGCGGGUUAAGCCAUCAUCCGGAGGAGUUUACGAGCGAGGAGGAUUGUGUGAGGGGGGCGCAGGUGUUGCUGGAGAGUGUGUUGCGGUUUGAUAGGGAGGUGUGGAGGGAGGAUCUCAAUAGGGAGAAGGCGGGUGAGCAGCUGGUCAGAUCUCGAAAAGCUUCUUCCUAGGGGCACUCGUACUAUAACAUCAACGCAGCAAAUCUUGUUCGUCCUUCCUCG